GAAAGGUAUUGGCACAAACCAACCUAUUUAAGUCUACGUUCAUCUCUACAAGCUAUGAAGCGCCACUCCCUACAGCACAGUGUAGCAGCUAUAGCCAUGCCUCGCAUUGGAUGUGGACUCGAUGCUCUGGUAUGGGAUCGCGUGAGGGAGAUCCUGACUGAUGUCUUUAAAGAUACCGAUAUUAAAAUUUCUGUUUACACUAUCUGAGGGUUUAUAUAUAACUUCAUAGGUACUUGAAGCAACUGUUUAAGCUUGCACAUGCAUCUCAAGGCUGUGGACUAUGAGUACUGUCAUGGGUGGGCAUAUUUUGAGGCAGUUUGAUGUGUGCAUGUGAGCUUCACAGUUUUACAACCCCAAGAUAGACCAUGAAAAAAAAAAAAGAGUAUUUUAUUAUAAGCUUUAGAAUAUAGAUGUUCGAGUUUCAGUAGCUCAUUUGUCUUGGUCUGAGGAAAACGUAUCCCUCUAAUGGUUACACAUUAUUGCAAUUUACAUGGGGUAGGUUAUUGUCAGAAUGUUACAAAUGAUAUUAUCCAGAGCUGAAGAAAUAUUGCUUCAUAUAAGGAAAGCUGUACUAAUAACCAUGAAGGAAGGAAGGAUUACAUUCAAACUAAAGGCAGUUGCACAGCAGUGCGUGGAUGCGUUAUCCUUGCUGUUGUGUGUUUAGUGUUUGCUAAUGAUCUGGAAUUGGGUAGAGAAAUUCAGAUAAACUUUUUUUUCAGAAAAGCACAAUGUUUGUAGAUAAACAAAUGUAGGUAACAUUAAGUGUUGAGCUUACAGUGUGGCAACCAUAUCAGAUGUUUUCUGCAAUGGUUCUUCAAAUUAAAAAAAAAAUUGUAAUUUGUUUUCCAGAGACUUUUCCAGAAUGUUGAUAGUUUGGAACAGAUAUUAUUUUUGGUGGGAAGUUUUCAUUAUAUUACAUAUGUAAAUUUGAGUAGAUCUGCUAAGGUGUGUUUUUACCUGAGCCUAGAAGUAAGGACCCUCCUGGUGCUCCAUUACCUAAUACUUCGCACAUUACGCUUACCAGUGAACACAGAUUACCAAGGCUGAGUAAUUAUAAACUAAGUGCUGUUGGAGACAUUUUGCAAGUGCUGGACACUUUAUAAAGGGAAUGAUUCAUUUGUAGGAAAACAAAAUCAGCUGGCUAAAUAUCUGUGUGUGAAUCUUGUGGAGUUAUACUAUAGAUUGUAAACGUAUAACUUAAGUACUAUAAUGUUUAUCAUCAUGCAUUAGACAACAUAGCAAUACUGGAAGCCUGAUUUAAAAGUUCUGGCUUAUAUUAAUUAAUUAAUGAAUAAUAAAUUGUAAGCUUUAAAAAAGAUACAGGUGUAAUUCCUUUUCUGUUUUUAGGUUUUAAAAGUUAUACCAUGCAAUACAGUACUAAUUUUUUAUAUAUAGUAUUCUGCCGUUUGAAUUUGUCAGAUCCUGUAUAGUGACUAUAAUUAUGUUAACCAUCAAUGUGAUUUGGCAGCUAAUUUUCUCUUACUACUGUAUAUGAUUUAUUUACUAAAUAAUACUUACCUAAAACAUACAAGACCUUCAGGCUUUGUGAACAAUAAUAAUUAUUUUGCAGCUCUUAAUACAGUAGCAAGGUAUUAGAAAGUUUAAAAUAUAAAAGUAUACAGUUC